AUGGAUAGAUCGCCCGAAAAAUCGGCCCUUUUAUCGACAAAAGUACAAAGUUUGGAAGCGAAGACGGCCAACCCUCGUCAACAAUUCGCCCAUGAGGCUGUAACAACAAACCCGAUCUUCCGCCAACUCAAAGCUUUUUCUUCACAAUCUACGCUGGAAAAUGGUUCCAAUUCAGCAGGCUUUCCUUCACCAGAAGUGGGCAUCGCGAGAAAUUCGGAGUUUAUCUCUCCCUUACAAGCGCAAUAUUAUCCACCAACCGUGCCGAGUGCAGCGAUCCCCAUGAGUCUUCCGUACGGGAUGCUUGCGGGACAAGGUAUGGACCCGCGGGCGCUAAGUGCGGGGAAUCUUCCCUACCCGUAUGGUAACCCCAUGAUCUACUUCCAAAACUUUGCUGGUUACGGACAAGCGCAACGGAGCAAAAACAGCGAAGAAACAUCAGGUUCUAACAAGUGCAGCAAUCCAUCGUCUCAGUUAAGAUCUGCUGAUACACUCGCCCGCUCUACUAAGGAACCCCUGCGAACUGAAAGUGUUAUUAAAACAGUAACAGACAAACAGGACACUUUAAAGAAACAGAGCGAUGUAGACAAAAGAAGUUCGGCCGAAACCCAAGGUUCCAGUGUUCCUCUGAGAUAUCCCGACAGAGGAAAAGGAAGUGAAGUUAGAAAUUCGGAUGACGGAAGAACGAAAGGACCACCAUCGCGUGACAUGUCGCUGCGUGACGCGCCAGGUAGCGAGGACGUGCCCCGCCGUGACAAACAAUCGAUUGCAACCGAAUACGACCGGACACGCGAUAAAAUUUCGAAGGCGAAAGGUUUCGAACAUUUAGCAGUUGAUUCUAACGGAAAUAAGAAACCCACUAAUGGGCUGGCUUCAGCCCGUCUUGUUGAAAACGGUCCUGUUUCUUCCUCUUCGUACGAAAAAGGCUACACUUCUGAAGCGCGCUCUUCGCCUUAUCCCGCAAACGAACCGCCCACUCUUGUUCCGUAUCAUAACACUUUGCCUCCGAAAACAUCCUCAAAUACGACACAUUCAAAUAUCCCAUCGACCAUGCCGAAACUCACACCUAUUGCGCCACGCAUAAGUAACGGUUCACCACUUACCGUGGCUCAUUCAUCCGAAGCUGAACAUAAAAGUUCUUCGUAUGCAGCGUGGAGACCAAGCUAUACUCAUCUUUCGAAUUCUGUCCCGGCCAUGACGAGUCAUGGUGGUACGGUGUCUUGGACCGCAAAUUAUCCUGGGGUAAAGCAAGCCCCAGGAGAUAAGGCAGAAGAAAACAGUUGGCGUGCUAAACAACCCCCUCGGGAGGAACGUGAUCAGAAUUGGACAGGCGCUUAUGAGAAUGCUCAGAAACAUUCUGCGAGGAAUUUUUAUCCAAUGCAACCGUGGGACAGACAAUCUUAUUAUGGAACACUUCCAUCGCAGCUGCGCGCCAUUGGCGUGACAGAUAAAGGUUUUGGCGGGAAAGACGUUGAAGAAGAUUCGCGUGACGUUUCACGUGACAGUAUGACCUCAGCCGAGCAUUUGCAAUCUAAACUUACAAAAGCCCCUCAUAAGUUUGGGUCAGGACAGUCGAGCUUACGAAAAGAAAACGAUUUUGGCGGUGGUAAGAUUCCGAUAGGCGCCAGCAACGACGAGUAUCAGAGAAGCCAGCCGUUUAUGAGUCGGAACGAGAAGUCGGUUGUGGGAGAGUACGUAAAUUACAAUAAUAAAAGUGAAGAUGGAAAAGGAAGUAACUUUGUCGUUGUGAACAGUAAGGGAGGGUCUUUCCGACUCUCCGUUGAGAGACGCGAGGGAAACCAGAAAUACCCGAAGCACGAAGUCGUUAAGACUUCGAGAAUGGAAGAAAACAGACCCUCGAGUGGUUAUUACAAUAGUCAUGAUAACCGAGACUUGAAUGACCCAUCUUUGGUGGGGAUUCCGCGCUCGGAGCUUAAAUCAGAAAAAGAGAAGGAAGGCGUUGAUGUUGCGAGGACCGUUGAUUACACCCGCACGAAAGACCAAAGUUCUUACAAAGAACACGCAGGAAGGAAACCGGAUUCUCGCGAACUUGCGGCAGUGGGCGACGGCAAAAAGAAUAAUGAUCGUAAUAACAACAGUACAUCCAUGAGUGGGUUUCCUUUCUUCAAGUAUAGCGCCGGUCCGAACGGUGAACAAACAAGAUACGGUGAGCGUGGCGGCGGCGCUGUGCGAGAUAACAAAGUAUUUGUUCCCCCGAACGCUACGAUUGAAAUGUACGAGAAGAGGGAACAGGAAAUGGAGAAAAAUGGCUUCAGGAAAUCCGACAUUGCCUCGGCAUUUUCUAGAAACUUAGUGGAGAGUAAUCGUUUGUCGAAUCCAGCUGAGGAAGUUGUGAAAAGGACUGAGGAGAGGAGAAACAUUCCGAAGCAAGAUGAUAUGAAAUCAAAGUUGCCCACUGGGCGAUUCGAAAGCGAAAAACGGGGUGAAUCAGAGGAAAUUUCUGCGGAUAAUAGCGACGAAAGAUCGAGACAGUCGUCAUCAGAAUCAGCUUCUCCGGAUAAAAGAGCUCAGCUUCGGUUUCAGCAGUCCUCUGAUAAGGCAGUAGUGUCAUCGGCGGCUGGUGAUGUUCGACAGCGCCGGCUUUCCUCCCCCUUAUCUGAGCAGAGGAACACCACCGCGCCAUCGACCGCCUACGGAGCGUCUGUGGCGCCUGGUCCUCAAAGCAGGAUUGCUGCCAAUGGCGGCAGUGAAGGGGUUUCGCGAGAGUCCACAAUAGAAUCAGGUAUGUCAGGCCUAGGAAACCAAGCAGCCGCCCAGUUCCUUAGAAUGGACGGCGGUCCUUUUCCCAACCCUUACUUUGCUUCAAUGCUGGCGGCGCCGCAGGGUAUGCAGGAAGCGCCGUUCCUGGUGCUGGAUCCGUCUAUCUACAGCGCGAUGUACCGCACACACAUGAUGGAGGCUACCGCACCAGGAAUGUUCCCACAUGGAGCCUUAGCCGCUGACCCAGUAGCAGCAUCAUUUAUGGUUCUUCACCCAGAGAGUUACGUUCCCGUUGUUGCAGCCGAGAACGCGGCGUUUAUGAUGGAUCCGCGAUUCCAUGGAAUGUGGCCUCCUUGGGACGAAGCCCAGUGGCAACAGUUCUGCCAAAUGAUGCCAGCAUAUCAGCAACAACAAUUAAAACAACAACAACAACAACAACAACAACAGCAGCAACUUCACGAACGAAGCAAACAAGAGUUGUUGUUUGGUAAACAAGCUUCUCAGUUCCCUUUUUCGGCAUAUCCGUUCUACUAUGGCGACAAACAUUUUGAUCCACAGCGCAAGGAUGAAAGCCAAGAUGGAAAGUCUUCCAGCCAGCAACCAAAAAUUCGAGACAUAAAACAGGAACAACCCGAAAGUCAAUCCAAAGAACCAGCUCCAAGACCGAAGCCUGAAAUCAUCGCACCUCAAGAACACGCGCCGCGCAGGCCUGCGUCCCGUGAGAGUGAAAGUCAUGUGAUCGGUCAGCAGCAGGAGACGUCCAAUCCGCGUGAAGAGAAAAAGAUUUACGACAGUCGCCAACUGAAAGAGGCCCACCAAAAGCUGACAGAGAAGUAUAGAGUUGUUCAAGAGCAAAUCGAUGCCCAGGGACAGUUCGCCAAACAAAUUAAAGAUUACUUAUCACGCGACCCUUACUCUCAUUUUCCAUUUCCGCGAUCUCAGUCAUCGUUUCUCAGGGAAUUUCCAAAGGUUAACCUCACAGUUCCGGUGACUACCACUUCCUCUCGGACGCCGGAAGUAAACCGUGACAGCGCCUCUCCAAAAACCGUUUCCGCCGCCGUCACGUUGUCCAACUUGGAAAAAGGGCGCGGUGAAGAAUCCCAAUGGGCUGUAAGGGGCACACCCCCUAUAAAGACUGACCAGAACGGCGUUUUAGACCGCGUCAAGUCCCCCAGACCACACCCUUCCGCCGAGGCAGUCAUAACUAAGGAAAUAGUGGAAACUCCACGAAGAUUAGAGGCGCAACCCAACCUAGUGGGUGAGAGGAUUGUUUCGCGAGAAACCCGUGAAAUUUUUGCGGGACAGAUUCCCUCACAGUUUCCACAAAAGUUGAUGGCACAUGAAACUAUUUCAUCUGAACGGCUUGUGAACGAGAAACCCGACCUCGAUUCGGAAAGAGGGAGGUUGGAGGACUCAUAUAGGGCUCACGAUCGUGAAAUUCCUGCAAGCUACAACGAGAUUACCCGCAAUGUCUCCAAGGAAGACAUGACAACAAACCUGGAAAGUCGCUUGUCGAGAAGGGAACACUCUCAAGGACUUGACUCCUAUGAGGAAAUGAAUUCCUUUGCCAAAACAGAUUAUGAUCGAGGUGACAGGGGACAGUACCUGACGGAAGUUACAUUUCGAGAAAGUUUGGACCCAUUGGAGGAUAAUAGGGGAAACCUUCGAGCACUGAUGACACGCGAGAAAAUAUCGCCUUCACGCCAACUUGAUAGCGAUUCUGAGUUUGAAGACGACGACUUUAACACGAAGUGUGAACUUCGAAGAAUCGCUUCAUCGUUUGUUCCGCUUCAAACCGACAUCGAAAACAAAGAGAACUCCACGAUCUUCUCGCUAAGGCCGUUCAGAUCCGAAGCCGACCGGAAGAAGAUCCGAGAGAAUAUCGAUCGCCGUCGGUCCAUGGCAAAACGGCGGAACAGUAAGGACCGAGCUAUGGUGUCUAGUCGUCGGAAAGAUCUUCGGAGCCCUACGACGAUUUUGAACAGUGUGACGAGUGCCAUCAGUGAUGUAGCGGGGGUGGAAUCUGUGGAAAAAGAGAUGCGGAUGAAAUUAGCAGAGUUACAAAAGAAAUACAGGGAAAAAAUGAGAGAACUUGCCCGACUGCAACCCAAGUAUGGGGCAGAAGAUGGCAAAUCGACCCCAAUUAAAAGAGGCCCUGGAAGACCCCGGAAACGGAAGUACUUCGGCGCAGGUUCCAAAGGAGAUAAGUCGUCCCCAGUACCCACAGGUGGAUACAACAAAGAAGGCGAAGAGCACCAAUCAGUCAUUGAGGCCCACUCCCCCGAUAACGCUGGCCCAAGUGACACGGAGAGCCUGGUUUCUAAGGAAAGCGAGCCUCCUAAGAAGAAGAAGAAAAAAACCAAACAGAAGAGUUCGGCAGAACGGGACGGUCGCGGGUCAGCGCCACCUUCCCGCGGGCUAAGCCCAACAGAGUUUCCCGAUUUUCCGGCACCUACUGGAAAGAAAAAGAAAUCUCGCAAGCCAGCUGCUGUGGAUGAAGAGCCUGACCUAAUGCUUCCCAAGAACAAGUCUGCUAACCUGAAGAAGAAAGAAUCUGGAGCAGGGAAGCGACGUAAAGGAUCGCCAACGAACGAUACCGUCAACCAAAAGAGUGUUUCACAACUAUCAAAUGCUGCUGGUGUACCCUCCCCCAAAGAACUUGACCAUAGCGCCGAUUUUACAGAACCAAAGACUCUAACCAAAAACACGAAGGCCAAGAAACCAAAGCCGAAGAAACGAGCGAGACCGAAGCUUACCAUCGAGACUCCCGAAGUCUACGAAGACGAUCGAACUGAAGAGGAGUUACCGCCCGACAGUGCGGACACGCCGUGCGAAACUCCGGGUGGUCCUUCACCGAACAAGGGCAAGAAGAGCAGGGGUGCAAAAAAGAAACGAAAAUCUACCAUAACUACUCCUCCCAAAACAAAAUUUGAGUUCCCAGAUGUGACGUCACAAGAUGAAAGCUUCUCCGAGAAUAGUAGUGUAUCUCCAAACGAUAUUGCGAAAGAAGUUGCUGCCAUAGCCGCCAGGAAGCAGUUGGAAACAGCACAGAAGAACAACAAGGAGGCGUCUAGUGAUGUUGAUGACGAAGUUUUUGCGUCAAAUCACGAUGAACGGGACGGUUUGAGUUUGUUGGCGUUUGCAAGCGUCGAUAAAACGGCGAAAAGAAGACGAUCUGACGCUCCGUCUCCUUCUGAAGACUCGUCGCUAAAGAAAAGAGGAAGGCCUAAGAAGCCUUCUGAGUCACCGACCUUCGAUUCAGAAGCUCCUGUAACGCCGAAGAAAAAGAAAAAGAAGAAGAUAGCAGUUGAUCAGGAAUCCACAAAAGAGCUGAAAAAGAAAAAGAAGAAGAAGAAGAAAGAUCCUGUGCCAAAAGAGGAAAGCUUCGAAGAGAAACUCGAAGAACAGCCUCAAGAUGAACAAAUUGAAUCAUACGAACCACAGGACGACUUUGAGAAGAAGCUGCCAGAAUCUUCCUCGGCGGCCAUGGACAGUGAGCAGGAUGAAGAAGUGUUCGGAUCGACCACCGAAAUAAGCAAAGAAGCUAGGACAGCCAUGCUGGACUCCAGUCCCCCCAGGGAAGGCGAUGACGUCAAAGGAAGCACACCACCGUUUGUCAGCGACAGUUGGCAGCCGAGAAGGAGUGAGAGAAUUUUUAUCAACAGCAGCGUGACCACCAACUCUAGUUCCAGUCCUUUAUCACCCGUUGGAAAAGGAAGCGAGUUUUCCUACACAAAGAAAGUGAAGAAAACGUCUGGAAUAAAAGGAAAAACCAGCCGGUCAGGAUCUCAGGGCGAGGAGGAACUGGGAGAGAACGACGUCACACAAAAAUCGAAGACCAAGACGAAAAAGAAGAAAGGGCCUGGGAAAGGCAAGAAACGGAGUUCUUCAAUGACAGCCGACUUUGAAGAUUACGAACCUCUGAAAGUAUCCAGGAGAGCGCGCUCCAAGGCGAGGCAAACGUACGAUUUCGAUGACGGUGACGAGGAGGAGGGUGAUGAUCUUCCAGAAGAUGAGGAAACACAGGAGGAAGGUGAAACUGACAUAGAGAUCAGCGUGACUGACAAGGUGUCAACGGAAGAGAGAGCUGACAGUCUGCAGGUUGCCCAUGUCGAAAACGCAGGGGACGGGAAGCCAAAAGUACAAGAGGAAAGAAUGGAAACGGAUGAGAACAACGAUGACGAAUUAGAUGCGGAGAUGAAAGAAGACCAAGAGGCUGAAGAGGGGAAUUCUUGGAAGGAAAAUAAACAUGGCGAAGUUGUCGACAAGACCGAAGAGAAAAAGAGAGUUGAGGAAGUGGUCAAGGAUAACGAAGGCAAGGAAUUUGAAGAAACCACUCUUCUCGAACGGCCCAUAUCACCAGCUGACGAGCGUUUUAGGUUUUUGGUCGACGAAUUAGUAGAAGGAACGAAGUUGUUACUUCCUGUGGACUUUAAGUUCUAUCCCGGACGCAUUAGUACUUUCAACGAACCUGACUUAUUCGGAGUAAUACUUGAUGGUGAAAGGGGCAGAAGACCUCACUGGAGAUCAACGGAACAACUCCUUCUAGAGGCGGUCAAGGACAUUCAACCACCCGGCCCUGAGUUUCUGUCCAUUGGCACCCGAGUAUGUGCUCACUGGAGUCCGCAGUAUCGCUGCUUCUAUCCUGGAACUGUCACCGAAGCUCCACCAGAUGAGAAGGAAGUGGAUGGUAAAAUCUGGAUUGAAUUCGACGAUGGGGACAGUGGUUUCUUUCAGUUGAAUGAAAUUAAAAGGAUACGUCCUGAUUUUCCUGUUGAAGAAGUGGUUCCUGCUCCCCCUCAGCCAGAGAAGAGGCCUCGAUCCAGUUCCCUGGGAGCAGCCCAGGCCAUGGCAUUAAAAGAUGCCUCUUCCAGAAGGCUGAAAGCUGAAGAGAAUACUUCUGAGUUUUCAUCCGGGAACGAAAGUUCAGGUGAGGUGUAUGCGAAGCGACGGAGAUUGAGAGGAAAACGAAAGAGUAAAGAUGAUUCGUGGCUUGUUUCAAAACGUUCAGAAAACAACGCUGUCGCCAAGGAAAGUGGUGCAACUAGAGGAGGCUCGUUUAAAGGAAGAACGAAAGAUCUCGAAAAGUCUGACUCUGAGAUCGUUGGGUCCGCUUCAAAAGUGAAAGAUAACAGCCAAAGUGGAGGAGACUCUAAAGAGAGUAAAGUUGCGGAUGCAUUAAAACAGAAGGUAAAUAGAACGCGCGGAAAAACAGAAACAAAAGGGGAGAGCAAGGAAGCGGCCAAAACUGCGGAGAGCACCAAAAACGACUUAGCAAGCGUUGCCUCGGCGGAACUGAAGGAAUCAGAGAAAGAGAUACACUCGAGCCACUCUUCUCUCAAAGCGGAGGGAUAUGAAAAUAACACCAAACAGUCAGCUGAUAAAAUGGCAGAUAACACAGCGGAGUCUUCUGAUCAAGGUGAGGACAGCGAGGCUGCAUCGGAUGCAGAAACUUCCAAACAAGAAAAGGGAUCUCGCGCUGGAGCCAAAGGCUCUUCAAGGACCUCUGAAAUGGACCUCAGAAAGAGGUCCCUUAAUUUGAGCCUUAACAGCUCGUUCCGCUCUUCACGGACCGAAGGGGAAAGCCCGACGCGUGAUGCUCUGCUCACAUCACAAGACGAGGAUAGUGAAUCUUACAGUGACACGUUCGAUGAGAGCCCCCUAGUGGAGAAUAAACCUUUUCAGCCUCGACUUGGAAGACGGCGUCGUUCAGAACUGGAUCGUCUGCAAGUAGAUAUGAAAUUUUCAGGGCCUUUGUGGCAGUGGUCGGGACGAGGUUCCCAGAACAAAAGAAAGGGGAAAGGAAAGAAAACCUUCUACAAGGCCAUUGCGAGAGGAGACGAAACAAUUUGUGUUAAUGAUUGUGCGGUUUUUAUGUCCAACCCAACCAAGAACCUCAAUCUCCCGUAUGUUGGCAAAAUCGAAAACAUGUGGGAGGGGUGUGGCGGGAACAUGGUAGUCAGAGUCAAGUGGUUUUAUCAUCCUGAGGAAACGAAACCAGGCAGGAGACCUACUGAUGGCAAACAAUCUUUGUACCGCUCGACCCACGUGGACGAAAAUGACGUACAGACGAUCUCACACAAAUGUGAAGUGCUCACUCCUGAAGAAUUCAAAAGACGUUCUCAGAGCCUUGAUACGCCCGGCACCAGGACAUCUCUGACAGAUCGCGUGUUCUGCUGUAUCGGCAGCUACGAUCCUAACACCGAGACAUUGCAGGCGGAACUGUGAAUCCAGUGUGACGUUAGCCUAAAACUGUGAUGUCUGGAGUGUAGCGGAAUGCCGAAUGCGUUGUGUUUUCCACGCGAUGUUAUCUUUCGUUGCGUUCAGAAUGAAAUUCUCAUGCUGCGAUCGGUUGUUAUUUUGGUUGCUGUUGGCCAAUCAGAGGCGCUCCCAAUUCUCAAGAGGUAAAAGACCACGAAGCGCCAAAGCAAAUUGUCUUAGUUGAUGGAAAAAUAGUCUGUAAAGUUAAGGAACAAAUCAUCACUUCUCUAUCCAAGUGGUGGUAGUUAUUCUGUCUUUGGUAGGGCCAUCGUUUCCACUAGGUUAAAACAUUCAAAUGAAGACUAGAGAAUGAACAGUUGUUACUGACAAUAGAUAUUGGAUCUGCAUCAAAAUCGUACAUCUCAAGCGAGGAGAAGAAGAAAGUGUGAUAAUUGCCUCGUUUACCCUUUUUAAACUUACCCUCUCAUUACAGACUUAAACGACGAGACUGGUGAAUGUUCAUCAGUCCAAAGUGGUGUUUUAUUUCCUUGUGGUAAUCACGUUGAGAGAUAUUUCUUGUUUACGCUGUCACGGAACGAUAAAAGCACAGCUCAUAACGUCCUUAAUUUAAUCCUCCAUCGCCUUUUAACCGGGCAAUCCUCCAGCCUUAAAACUUAAAGCGAAGUGCAUAAAUUGUUUGCGAAGAAAUCGCACGUGUUUCCUCGCGUGGGAUUCUUAGAAAAGUACACGAAAUUCGUGUUUUGCGUCAUUUCGCUUGAAGCGAUUUUAUCUUGUGUUCACGCUGUCAUCUUAAUUCAUAUUAGCUCCUAAUCUUGCUUAUUUCCGAUACGUACUCAAACGCAGACGAAAUGACUAGAAUUCUCCUCUCUUCUAAUGGAGAUUUAAAUUCAUAUUGUGUGCAAAAAAAUAUCUAAAAUAUUUUUUUAUAAGGAAAGUCUGGAGCUAGCAGCCAGCCGGCUGGUAAUGUUGAAUUUGUAAUGUAGGUUAACUGUAAGAAAAGAGUUCAUGUUUGUAAAUAUGUGUACAGUCCACUUCUUAAAGUAUGCUUUUGUAACAUAACUCCCAUGCUCGUACGGCCAAAUCUCUCGUUUAUAUUAUAUAGAGAAAAUAUAAUGAAUAUUUAGUUUUAGAAUGAAAAAUAAAGUUUUAGAUUUUCUA